AUGUCUCAAUCAGCUUCCUCCUCCGCUCCGCGCCAGCGCGUCCGCGACCUUCUCCCUACUGUCCAUCUCGGACGCUACCAAACCGGUCCAAAGAACAGUCUCACAGACAUACCCGGUGUGCUCGUUUCUACGCAAUCGAUACACUCCUCGCCAGCCUACCCAAAUGCACCCCAAAAUUCUAUCAAUACGGGCGUGACUACGAUUCUUCCGCGCAAAGACUGGUUCCACCAAGCCUGUUUCGCGGGCAUCUUCCGCUUCAAUGGCUCCGGGGAGAUGACCGGAAGCCACUGGAUAGAAGAAACAGGGCUCUUGCACUCACCCAUCGUCAUUACUGGAAGCUUUGGGGUCGGCGCUGCGUAUAAUGGCAUCUACGAGUACGCAAUCCGCGAAUAUUCCGACGCGGAAGGCAAGGUAGACUGGUUCCUCACCCCUGUGGUGGCAGAGACAUUCGAUGGCUUCCUUCACGACGUCACUAAGUUCGCUGUUACGCCACAACACAUUGUCAAAGGCAUCGACGAGGCGAGCAGUGACGCCGUAAAAGAGGGCAAUACGGGUGGAGGAACAGGCAUGCUGGCGCACUGGUUCAAAGGCGGGACUGGAUCGAGUAGUCGUAUCGUUCCUGGGGAAGGCGAGAAGAAGUAUACUAUCGGCGCGCUUGUGCAAGCAAAUUAUGGCGCUAUGCGAGACUUCCGCAUUUCUGGUGCGCCGAUUGGUCGUCUCAUCUUCGAGGAGCAGGAACGUAUGGCCCGUGAAGAUCCCUUGAAUCCGAAGCUCAUGUCGCAAGCAUCCCUCCUCUUCAAACACAUCCAAGAGCACAAGGACAAGAAAGACGGAUCCAUUAUCAUCAUCUUGGCCACAGACGCGCCGCUUCACCCCCUACAACUUCAGCGGCUAGCGAAACGCGCAACAGUGGGUCUCUCGAGAGUUGGCGGGUGGGGUGCCAAUCCGUCGGGAGAUAUUUUCCUGGCAUUUUCGACCGCGACCGAGGCCGAGGUGCAGAACGACGCUGAUCGGUGGACGCCGAAGGAGAGGAAAAUCGACAUGACCGAAGAUGCGACCAUCAACGCGCUCUUUGAGGCGGGUUCUGAUGCGGUAGAAGAGGCUAUUCUGAAUGCUUUGUGUAUGGCGGAAACAACAGUAGGAUUCAACGCCACGGUGGAUGGGCUUGACCUAGACCGGGUCAAAGAACUGAUGGAGAAGUAUCUGUGA